CCCCGGUAUACACUAUUACCUGCAAGACGCUCCGAGAAGCUCGGUACCUGAGCGUAAUAGACGGCGGAAGGAGGUGGCGAUGCGACGACUCCUCUCUCUGUGCGUCGCGGCCGUGUUGGCCUCGGCCAUCGAGCCUCCCCGGUUCCCUCACCAGCCGACGGGCAAUGGCAAGAAGCUGCUGACAUACAACAUCACGACGGGCAGCCCCGGCGAGCUCUCGCCGUCGACGAGGACGGUCACGUGGGUCCAGUCGGACCGGGACGGCGACUUCAUCACGACCGACGACGACGGGUCUCUCGUGUUUGAGAACGUCGAGUCCGGGGACCGGACCACCUUCCUGGCGGCCGACAAGAUUCCGGCCGACUACUGGGACUACCAGAUCUCCCCCGACCGCUCGCGGGUCCUCUGGGCCGUCAACUACACCAAGCAGUACCGCCACUCGUACUUCGCCGACUACCUGGUCCAGGACGUGGCCACGGGCGGGACGGAGCCGCUGGUCGGGGACUCGGCGGGCGACAUCCAGUACGCCACCUGGAACCCGGCCUCGUCGUCCGAGAUCGCCUUUGUCCGCGGGAACGACCUCUUUCUCUGGAACGAGGGCGACAUCAGCCGGAUCACGGACGACGGCGGGCCGGACCUGUUCCACGGGGUGCCGGACUGGGUCUACGAGGAGGAGAUCCUGAGCAGCAACAACGCGCUCUGGUACUCGCCCGACGGCGAGUACGUCGCCUUCCUGAGCUUCAACGAGACGGGCGUCGAGACCUUCACGGUGCCCUACUACAUGGACGGCCAGGACGUCGCCCCGCCCUACCCGCGCGAGCUCGAGCUGCGGUACCCCAAGGUGGGCACCAAGAACCCGACCGUGGCGCUGAGCCUGCUGGACGUCCGGGCCCGGUCGGUCACGCCCGUGCCGGUCGACGCCGCCUGGCCGGCCGACGACCUCGUCAUCGGCGAGGUCGCCUGGGUGACGGACGACCACGACAAGCUCCUCUACCGCGCCUUCAACCGCGUGCAGGACCGCGAGAAGCUCGUCCUCGUCGAUACCGAGACCGCAGAGUCGACCGUCACUCGCGAGCGCGACGGGUUCGACGGCUGGCUGGACAACAACGUGGCCAUCACCUACGUCGGCUCCCGCGGGAAGAAGGACAAGGACAAGGGGAAGAAGAAGGAGGGCGACGGCAGGGGCGAGGAGGAGCGGUACUACCUCGACCUCUCGGACGCGUCCGGGUGGAAUCACCUGUACCUGUUCUCGCUGGACGGGCGUUCCAACGUGACGCUCACGUCGGGCGAGUGGGAGGUGGCGUCGAUCCUCAAGGUCGACCGGGCCCGGGGCCUGGUGUACUACACGUCGACGGAGCGGCACCCGACCGAGCGGCACCUCUACUCGGUCUCGAUCGCGACGGGGGCCAAGAAGCCCCUGGUCGACCCGUCCGUGCCGGCCGUCUGGUCCGCCUCCUUCUCCCGCGGCGGCGGCUACUACAUCCUGCGCUACGCCGGUCCCGACGUGCCCUACCAGGAGCUCUACUCGGUCGAGCGGGGGCCGACCGAGCCGAUCCGCACCGUCGAGGCCAACGCGCGCCUGCACGCCGCCCUGCAGCAGUACCGUCUGCCCCGGAUCCUCUACUUCGACCUCCCCCACCCGUCGGGCGUCAACCUGAGCGCCAUGCUCCGGCUGCCCAACAAUAACAAGAAACAGAAGAAGUACCCGGUGCUGCUGACGCCCUACGGCGGGCCCGGCGCGCAGGAGGUGAACAAGGCGUUCCAGGCGCUCGACUGGAACGCCUAUAUCUCGUCGGACCCGGAGCUCGAGUACGCGACGCUGACGGUGGACAACCGGGGCACCGGCUACCGCGGGCGGGCGUUCCGGUCCGCGGUGGCCGGGCGGCUCGGGGAGCUGGAGGCACAGGACCAGAUCUGGGCGGCCCAGUGGCUGGCGGAGCGGUACCCGUCCUGGGUGGACGCCGACCGCAUCGGCAUCUGGGGCUGGAGCUACGGCGGGUACCUCACGGCCAAGGUGGUCGAGUCCGGCGGCGGCAAGGACGGGAAGAGGGGCCCGAUCGCGUUCGGGUUGGCGACCGCUCCCGUGGCCGACUGGCGGUUUUACGACAGCAUGUACACGGAGCGGUACAUGAAGACGCCCGAGCUGAACGCGGAGGGGUACAACCGCUCGGCCGUCUCGCGCCUGGACGGGUUCCGCUCGCUCCACGGCACCUUCCUGGUCCAGCACGGCACCGGCGACGACAACGUGCACUUCCAGAACACGGCCGCCCUCGCCGACCGCCUCAUCGGCGGCGGCGUCGGCCCGGACAGGCUCGAGCUCUCCUUCUUCACCGACUCGGACCACUCUAUCCGCUAUCACGGCCAGAACGCCUUCCUCUACAAGCAGCUGACCACGCGCCUGUGGGAGGAGAAGCGGAGGGGAAAGACGGCCGAGGAGCACCAGUGGAGUAAGAAGGCCGUACUCCCUACUCGGUGAGAGAGCACGGGAGCGGUGGGCGUGACAGCCCCCAGGACCCCAGGAAUAGAAGGGAAAAAGAGAGAGAGAGAGAGAGAGAGAGAAAAUACCUAAUAGUAUAUUUGGGCCCUUAAUGUCUGAGAAUUGAAGACCGGUAAUGAAACGUAAUUGAUAUUAAUU